GUACAGAUCGACGUCCCCCUUGAAGCUUGCAGGGAUCAUCUUGCACUCGAACGUACCUAUCUCGCCUACUUCCGCACUGCUUCCGCUCUUGCAAUUUUCGGCGUGUCGUUAACGCAACUUUUCCGUCUAAAGGACAUUUCAAGAAUAUCAUCUCAUGACUCAGAAUUAUUCGAUUAUGGCAAGUCUGUGGGAAUUGCAAUGGAGACAAUCGCUGUACUCACGGUUCUUCUUGGGGCGUUCAGGUGGCAAAAGCAACAGCGGAGAUUGGGAAAACACAAAAUACAAGGUGGUGGUUGGGAGAUUUGGAUUGUUUUUGGAAUGCUUGUCCUGGUGAGU